AUGAAUGGAUAUGACGGUGAAUCAAUAUCAUCUAAUAAAAAUGAUAAUAUAAUUCAAACUAUAUCAGUGAUGUAUACAGAACAAUCUACAAUAAAUAGAAAUGGACCGAUUGCAGAAGGAGAAGAAGAAGAAGAAGAAAAACGACGAGAAAAGAUUAAAGAAGAAAACGAGUCAAUGCAACCUAAAACGGUAUCCAAUGGUGAAACGGAUCAUGUUACUAUGGCAGCAAACGAGGAAAGGGAAGAAAAACGAAAAGAAGAACAAAGUUCAAUCGCAACUUCUGAAAUUGAAGUUGACAAUCAUAAAGAUAAUAAGAAUAAGAAGAUUGUGUGCCUUAAUAAUUCAUUUAUAUAUCAUAAUGGAUCAAGUUCACUAUGUAAUCAAUCCAUUCAUGAAUUAAUCAUUGAACAACGUUUUCUUUCUUUUUUAAAAUAG